AAUAGCUGGCUGUCAAAUAUGACUCACCUGACAACAGUUAUAGUCAAUUGUCAUCGUAUCUGUUUGCAAACACAGUUGGAUUCGAUUCGAUGAGACUGUGUACACAUUUGACAGCUACGGGCACUGUCAAUUAUAAUUAAAAUGGACAGAAACCGUGAGCACUCACUUGACUGAGAUAAAACAUGAACAUUCACAGAAACGGAAAAACUGAAACUUCUACUUUAUCAGUGGAUCACACUACGAAUUCCCCGGCAUUUAAACAAGCUAAUGUCACUGCCGUAUCAAAUUUUUUGGUCAGAUAUGAAUCGGAGAAAGUCAGUCAAACUAAUUCUACGGAUAAAAAUGAUAAACCUUCUUUAAGUAAGUAUUUUUCACAAUCAACGCAGUCGCCAGCAACUAGCUUCUUCGACCAGCUAUCAGGAGCAUCAAAUAAUACGGCAAUGAUGACCAGUGUUCGUGAGAGUUCCAGUUCACAGGACCUGUUUAGUGCAAGCCAGUCUCAAGUAUUUACAGGUCAGGCACAGAAACAGUUUGGUGCAAAUCAGCCACAGUCAUUGUUUGGUGCCGUUCAAACGAAACUGCCAAGAGAAAAUGAACCUACUGUCUGUCGGAUCUUUGCAUCACAGGAAAUGUCACCAGCUGCUGAUACAUCUAAUCCUUCAUCUGCAAAGGCAUUUUUUGAUAUGCUUGGUAGUGUUAGUGGUAGCGGGAACCACAUUUUGUCUGUUGAAAUGCCAAGUGACACAACUAGUAGUGUACUGACUUCUCCAGAUUUAACAGCCACUACAGAUGACGAUAUUUCAUUCUUGUCACCUUCAUCACCACCAGGACAGCAUCCAAGUGAAGCAGACAGGCGUCGUGAUGCUUGGAUCCCAACAGAGCACACACGCAAGGCCCUAAUAGCAGCAGUAACUUCACCACCUGGUACAUAUGCCCCUGAUCGUGAGCUUCUGACAAUGCCAGGGGUAGUUCUUGAAGAUGAAAUGGCAGACACUGUUCUUGAAAUGGUGACACACUAUUUGGGAGAAGCUGAAGCUGCCAAAAGGAAUGUUCUCACAGCAAGUGAUGUCACACAAGAUGAUCGUGGCCUCCGUGAACUUAUUCAGGCAGGGUGCUUCCGCGCUGCUGUAAACUUGACAGGAAGACUGCUGACAAUGUAUGGACAGGGAGCAGGUCGUGCUGGUCACCCCAGUAAACACACCGUACAUUCAAUACAGCUAUGGUUCACUCGAAUUGCCCUGCUAGUGAAACUUCGGUCGUUUUCAUUGGCAGAAGUUGAAGCUGAACCAUUCGGAGCAUUAGAUCGACCAGAUAUGUAUUUUCAGUUCUACCCUGAGCUAUAUGGUGGCCGUAUUGGAUCUCUGGCUCCUUUUUCUUUUCGGUUGCUUCUGGCUGAAUUACCACAAUUUCUUGGAAAGCCCCAGGAAGCACUGAGUCGUCUCCACAUUCUGCUAGCAACUGUACGCAAGAUAUUGCGUAACCUGAAGAUUGGGCUCUGUGAAGAUGGGAGUCCUGCUGAGCUGAGUAUUACAGAUAGAACAGAAUCCCAGAAACUUUGGAAAGCACGAGAAGCAAGAGUGCUUCAUUCUAUUAUAAACUGUGCGGUUUAUCAGAAGGACUACAAUCUGGCAGUAGAAGUUAUGGAGUUACUGUUAGCAGAGCCCACCUGUACUGGUCAUCACAGACGAGCAUUGCAGUCUGCUCUAGGCCGUAUAUUUUUACAGUUGGGAGAUGUCGCAGGAGCAGAAAGAAAUUUUUCCAUUGCUCGAGAAUUGCGUCAACAGAGCAGUGGUGUGAGUGAAACAUCACCUGAUUUAAGGGAGCUGAUUGACCGCGGGCUCAUGGCUGUUGCCCAAAAUGCUUUCCAGGAGGCAUAUGAAUGCUUUCAGAAAGCUUCUGGUCUUGACCCAGAUAACAUAAUGUUGGUGAAUAACAUGGCGGUAUGUCUGCUCUACUUGGGCCGCUUACGUGAUGCUCUGAUGUUAAUGGAGGGUGGUGUGAGAGCAAACCCAGCUCGUGGGCUGCAUGAAAGUGUUUUACUCAAUAUAUGCACCCUUUAUGAGCUGCAGUCAUCUCUUUGCAAUCAACGUAAACUUGGCAUGCUUGCACUGCUUGGCAGAUAUAAAGGAGAUGGAGCUUAUGUUGGCUCUCUUAAGUUGCAAGUCUGAGAAUGUUUCAUGUAAAAAAUUUGUAAUUUGUAUUGUGAGUUAGCCUGCGCGAACAGCUUUGUCCAUAUCCUUUGAUAGGAUUUGUUACUUUAGAGUGGUGAUGUGCCUAAAAAUUGCAAAUAUUUUACAAUAAAUAGAUAUGUUUUUAAAAUUCAGUGAUGAAGUAAACAUGUGUGAAAAAUUUUUAGAGGUUUCACCAUUUCUUGUUGAGAACAAAACUUAAUUAGCAGGUGGAACUUGUUCAAGAGAUCUCUUCCACUGUGAUACUCUAAAAUGCAUCUAACUAAAUAAUUGUUGUUUAAGAUGAGUAUCUUGUAAAAAGUGCAUAUACUUGUGUGUGUAUUGAAUCUCCAUGUACCAAGACAUGUAAACUAUGUUGUACCUUAUAAUAUGUUAUGUAGAAUUAUUAUACCAAAGUUUUAAAAAUAAAGUUUUAUGAGACAUGGCUUGAGAUCCAA